GAUUGUAAUAAAAAUUUGAAAAAGUCGUGUUGAUCAGCUGAUAUAUGCUUGUUGUGCUUGCUGUCAGCUGUCAAACGUUAGUAAUUUUUUGCAGUAAAAGUAUUGUGUUUCAUUUUAAAAAAAUUAAUUAUUGCAAAAGAAAAAAAAUUAAAUAAAUUAAAAAAAAAUGGGGCCACCAAAGAAGAUGAAGAAGGAUUACAAAUCAAGCGAUAAAUUUGGAAAAAAGCGCAGAGCGGAAGAUGAAGCGUAUUCUCAGCUAGUGGAGGAAACCGAUACUGAUUCUGUAUCUGAAAGUGAUGGAGUUCCAGGUGCAGCAUCAAAAAGUGCAGAAAAGAACGAUGACGGGGUUCAGGAAGAUGAAUAUGGAGCAAAAGAUUAUAGAUCGCAAAUGCAAUUAAAAUUAGACCAUUUCAACAGACCUUUAUGGGUAGCACCAAAUGGGCAUAUAUUUCUGGAAUCAUUUUCUCCAGUAUAUAAACAUGCACAUGAUUUUUUAAUAGCAAUUUCAGAGCCUGUGUGUAGACCUGAACAUAUUCAUGAAUAUAAACUAACCGCAUACAGUUUAUAUGCAGCGGUAUCUGUGGGGCUUCAAACAGAAGAUAUAAUUGAGUAUUUGAAAAGAUUGAGUAAAACCACAAUUCCUUUUGGAAUAAUCGAGUUUAUUAAGUUGUGUACUUUAUCCUAUGGAAAGGUCAAACUAGUUUUAAAACACAAUCGAUAUUUUAUAGAAAGUCCACAUCCAGAAAUACUGCAAAAACUUUUAAAAGAUCCUGUCAUACAACAAUGUCGAUUAAAACGAGUUGAAGACGAAAAUUCUGAAACUUUAAUUUCUGAUGCUAUAGAUAAAAAAAACAUUCCUAAUUUUGGUCAAAAACCUGGAAAUGGUUUACCAGCAGAAGCGAAUGGCAGAGACAAACCUGAAGGUCAAACUGCGGUUCCAGAUGAUAUAACAAAUUUUUAUGAAAAAAUUGAUAAAGAUGAUGAGGACGAAGAUGAAUUGAAUGUUAAUACUGUGUCAUUCGAAGUAAAUCAAGAAAAAAUUGAAGUGAUUCAAAAGCGGUGUAUUGAAAUUGAACAUCCCUUACUAGCUGAAUAUGAUUUCCGAAAUGACACAGUUAAUGCAGAUAUAAAUAUUGAUCUUAAACCAAAUGCAGUACUGCGUCCAUAUCAAGAAAAGUCAUUACGUAAAAUGUUUGGUAAUGGAAGAGCCCGUUCUGGGGUUAUUGUAUUACCUUGUGGGGCUGGUAAAUCGUUAGUUGGUGUUACAGCAUGUUGCACAGUACGAAAAAGGGCUCUUGUACUUUGUAAUAGUGGGGUAUCGGUUGAACAGUGGAAACAACAAUUUAAAAUGUGGUCAACUGCUGAUGAUAGCAUGAUUUGUCGUUUCACUUCCGAGGCAAAAGAUAAACCAAUGGGCUGCGGUAUUUUGGUAACUACAUAUUCUAUGAUAACUCAUACUCAAAAACGAAGUUGGGAAGCAGAGCAAACAAUGCGUUGGUUACAAGAACAGGAAUGGGGUAUCAUGGUUUUAGAUGAAGUGCACACUAUUCCAGCAAAAAUGUUCAGGCGAGUUUUAACUAUUGUCCAAAGUCAUUGUAAAUUAGGUUUAACUGCUACAUUACUUCGAGAAGAUGACAAAAUUGCUGAUUUGAAUUUUUUAAUUGGUCCAAAGCUAUAUGAAGCUAAUUGGUUGGAAUUGCAAAAAAAAGGAUAUAUAGCUCGUGUACAAUGCGCGGAAGUAUGGUGUCCAAUGUCACCAGAAUUUUACAGAGAAUAUUUAACAACAAAAACAUCAAAGAAGAUGCUUUUAUAUGUUAUGAAUCCUUCAAAAUUUAGAAGUUGCCAAUUUUUAAUAAAAUAUCAUGAGAAUCGUGGUGAUAAGACAAUUGUUUUUAGUGAUAAUGUGUUUGCUUUAAAGCAUUAUGCUAUAAAAAUGAAUAAGCCAUUUAUAUAUGGUCCAACAUCACAAAACGAACGUAUUCAAAUUUUGCAAAAUUUUAAGUACAACACAAAAGUUAAUACAAUAUUUGUAUCGAAAGUAGCUGACACUAGUUUUGAUUUACCAGAAGCAAAUGUACUGAUUCAAAUUUCUUCCCAUGGUGGCUCUAGAAGACAAGAAGCUCAACGUCUCGGUCGUAUUUUACGUGCAAAAAAGGGGGCUAUUGCAGAAGAAUACAAUGCAUUUUUCUACACUUUAGUUUCUCAAGACACUAUGGAAAUGAGUUAUUCAAGAAAGCGACAACGAUUUUUAAUUAAUCAAGGUUACAGCUAUAAAGUUAUUACACAUUUGGCAGGAAUGGAGAAUGAUCCGGAUUUAUAUUAUAAAACCCGAGAAGAGCAAGGUCAAUUACUUCAGCAAGUUUUAGCGGCAUCAGAUAUUGAUUGUGAAGAUGAAAAGUUGCCAGGUGAAUCUGGAUUUAGGAACAUGGCUAGCGGCUCGAGUACAUCAAGGCGUGCGGGAGGCUUGUCCUCAAUUUCGGGGGCUGACGACGCUGUUUAUUACGAAAAGAAAAAUAGAAGUAAUCAUACUCACCCGUUGUUUAAGAAGUUCAGAGGAUAGUUUAAAAAUGAUAAACUUCUACUUAAUAUUUAGUUAUGUUCUUAUUACGUUUUUACUAAAUAAAAUUAUGAUUUUCAAUAUAUCA